AAACUUCAACAGAUUCAAUCACCAACUUUGUAUUCUACACUCGUUUUGAAAAGGGCCCGGACCGGGCGGCGCAGUUUACAAUGCUGCGUUUAGCGAGGCCUGUUGGCGCCUCUGUGCGCCGGCAAUUACUUGCCCACGCUGCUUUGUCUCAGAGGAGGGCAUUUGCAGACAGAAAAGACUCGAUCUUGAGUUCGGAUCCGGCGUUUUUGCCAGGUAGUCAAUCUGGCGCUGUUCCGGUCAAGACAGAAGUCCCCUUGGGGCCGGGAGGGCCUGGAAGUCCAGCUCCUCAAACAUCUGCCACACCAGCUUCACCUUCUUCGAACUCGACUAUUCCCCCUCAGAAUGUCCCGCUCGCUCCUCCAAGCCCGGGAAAGACGCAGACAGCUCCUCCUACGACUCCGUCAUCAGUCAGUCCAGCCGAACCUCCUCCGCCGCCGCCGUCGCCACCUCCUCAGAAGCCACCAACACCCCGGAAGAGGUUCUCCCGAUUUCGCCUGCUACUCUACCUGCUUGCUUUGAGUGCCAUGUCUUACGGUGGAGCUGUCUUCUACGCAUUGAGGAAUGAUAAUUUCCAUGAUUUUUUCACGGAAUACAUCCCCUUUGGCGAGGAUGCAGUCCUAUACUUCGAGGAGAGGUCGUUCCAGAAGAGAUUCCCGCAUGCAAGACAUAAUGUCACAAGGACUCCUAGACAGGACGCAAGGCCGGAAGACACCAAGGUCACCACGAUUCCCCAGAAAUCUGGCCUCUCAUGGCGACCCGUCGAGGAACCGGAACAAAAGGGAAGCGAUGUCACACAAAAGGGCAAGCACAUGAGUGCUUUGGAUGCAAACCAAACGGUGACACCAAAGGAAGCUACCGAUGCCAAACAAGAUCCGCACGGCGCUACAGCAAAAGAAAGAAGUGUCUCGGUUGACACUGCAAAGAGGAGCGCAGCAGCAAAACAAGAUGGGAAACCAACAGAGGCCGCGUCUCCACCAUCAGCAGCGCAAGAUACUUCUGCUAAGUCCAGCGCCGCCGAGACAGCUUCGGCAGCGUCUUCAAGCUCAUCAACGGCUGAUUCACGACCACCUGCUAUUCCACCAGUCACACAUAUCUCCCCAGUCACGGUGCCUAACGCCGAAGAACCCGUAGUACAAGAACUGGUCAAAAUCGUCAAUGACCUUAUUACUGUCGUCAACUCUGAUUCCGCGGAUGCUGCCAACAAAUACUCCGCUCCCAUGACCAAGGCAAAGGAAUCACUCGAAGAGGUCGCCAGCAAGAUCACCACGCUACGUGAAGCAGAACGCAAGGCGGCUGAGGAGCGAAUUGCGCAAGCACAUAGCGAGUUUGACGAAGGAGCCAAGCAACUCCUGAAGAGGAUCGAGACCGCCCAGGCAGAGGAUGACGCGCGCUACCGCGAGGAAUUCGAGACUGAGCGAGCCCGUCUCUCGCAGCUAUAUGAGGAGAAGGUGAAGACCGAAGUUCAACGGAGCACCGAGCUAGCGGAACAGAGACUUAAGAACGAGCUCGCCGAGCAAGCAAUCCAGCUGAAGCGCGACUUCGUGGCGCAGAUUAAGGAUCUGGUGGAGUCUGAACGACAAGGAAGAUUAAGCAAGCUAUCUGAUCUCAGCACCAACAUCGACAACCUGACAGAACUCACAUCGAACUGGAACGGCGUGAUCGACUCCAACCUUGCAACCCAGAAGUUGCAAGUGGCCGUGGACGCCGUCCGUUCUGCGCUUGAUGCAAGCGCCGCCUCAGAUGCGAAACCUCGCGCGUUCGUACGGGAACUGGCCGCUCUCAAACUCUGCGCUGACGGAGACCCCAUUGUCGAUGCAGCCAUCGCAUCCAUCAACCCCUCCUCGUACCAAAAGGGCAUACCUUCACAGCCACAAUUGAUCGACCGCUUCCGCCGUGUCGCGCACGAAGUAAGGAAAGCAUCACUCCUCCCCGAGAACGCGGGGAUCGCGUCGCAUGCCGCCUCAUUAGUCCUGUCGAACGUGCUCUUCAAGAAGCACGGACAACCCGAAGGCAACGACGUGGAGAGCAUCCUUACCCGGACGGAGACAAUGUUGGAAGAAGGAGAUCUCGAUGGCGCCGCAAGGGAAAUGAACUCUCUGACAGGCUGGGCGAAGGUGUUAAGCAGGGAUUGGUUGGGAGACGUGAGGAAGGUGCUCGAGGUCAGACAGGCGUUGGACGUCAUCGAGACGGAAGCCCGGUUGCAGUGCCUGAGGGUGGGAUGAUUGAUUGACGGUCCUUGUCAGGAUGAUAGACGCGGGAGACAGCAAUAGGGACAGCGGAUGGGAAAGACCAAGGAAAGGUAGAGCGGCAGGAACCGAAAAAGGGUGAGGAGGAGGCGGGUUUGUGUAUACAUAUGUAUUUCGCAGCCACAACAUCAUGCAAUGGCCCGUUACUUGUGUUUCCUCCGUCGUCGUCGUCGUCGACGACGAUAGUGCGCAGAAUGUUUUCCAGAGUGCCUCGCCUUCCGGAGGGACUCUUGCUUUUCGACGGGGCGAUCAUCCUCUACAAUAGACACCAGUAUAGAAUCUAUACUAUCUGUACCUCCUUGCGGAAGUAGUUGAUUCAAGAAGCAGGC